AUGGGACCGUUGGAGGGAGCCAACAGCACCCUCACUGUGGAGAAGACAGCAUUAAAUGAGAAGCUGCCACAGGGCUGGCAUGGCAAGGAAUUUGUUACUCCUAGCCAGGACCUCUCUGGGUCCCGCAGUGUUAUGAUGGACAGCACCAAGAUCCUGGAGGUCCAGGUUGUUCUGAUUGCUGCCUACUCCCUCAUCAUUCUGCUGGGGUUCAUUGGCAACUCCUUGGUCAUCUACAUCAUAGUGAAGUACAAGACCAUGAGGACUGUCACCAACUUCUUCAUCGCUAACCUGGCCCUGGCAGAUCUGAUGGUGGACACACUCUGUCUGCCUUUCACCCUGGUGUACACACUGCUGGAUGAGUGGAAGUUCGGAGCUGUUCUUUGUCAUCUGGUCCCUUAUGCUCAAGCUCUGAGUGUCCAUGUGUCCACUCUCACCCUAACUGUGAUUGCCCUGGAUAGGUACCGGUGUAUUGUUUUCCACCUGGACAGCAGGAUUUCCAAGAGGCUCAGCUUCACCAUCAUAGCUGUCAUGUGGCUAGCAGCAGCUGUCCUAGCAGGUCCUCUGGCCAUCUUCAGAGAGUACCGAUAUGAGGAAAUCCCAUCCAUCAACCUCAAAAUGGCUGUCUGCUCAGAGAAAUGGCCUUCUGGUAAUAACCGAGAUGCCACUAUCUACAGUCUGUCCAUGCUCCUCCUGCAGUAUGUUUUUCCUCUCACAAUUAUUUGUUAUGCCUAUACCAGGAUCUGGUUCAAGCUGAAAAACCAUAUCAGUCCCACUUCCAGAAAUGAAAACCAGUGCCGGAGGAGAAAGACAACCAAAAUGCUAGUGAUGGUAGUUGUGGUAUUUGCAGUCUGUUGGCUCCCCUUCCACAUAUUCCAGCUUGCCAUUGAUCUUGAUCUGGUUCUUAUCUUCCAUGAGUACAAACUCCUGUACACUGUCUUCCAUGUUGGAGCCAUGUGCUCUACAUUUGUCAACCCCUUGCUCUAUGGAUGGAUGAACAAGAACUACCGGAACGGCUUCCUUAUGUUCUUCCGUUGCCAGAACAAGCCAGAAAGCAUCCACACUGAAGGCUCAGUUAGAGGGAGAUCAUAUAUCUUCAGGGCCAACACCCUAAAUGGGAGCAUCAAACAGACUGCUGGCAAUGGACCACUGCCCACGGAGGUUUAG